GUCAUAAGGAGCCAGACGGGGGUGACGAUUCUUAGGUUACGAAGUAAAGCCAAAGUAGAGCCUAGAAAGAGGGUUGGGUUUGGGUUUUGGUUUUAGGCACAUUGGCACAAUUAUAGGCCAUGUCGUGCCUGCAUUCCCUUAAGGACUAGAAAGAGGUCGAUAAAUUUAAGGAACAACAACAUAGAAGAAAAAAAAAACAACAUAUCAAUCUCCGAAGAUCCAGAAGAUUGAAGUACGUUUGGCAAUGAACCAUCUGGUGACCAUACCUCGGCAUCAAGCCGUUCUUAAUUAUACCCUGAGACGUCUGCUUACAAAUGCUGCAAGUGGUAAUCCAAUAACAUCGCUGAAAGGAAACCAUACCAAAGUUCAUCCGUCUUGGACUGACAAAAAUGAAGACCCAAAAACAUCAAAAUCUCAGUCCAGUUGUAGGCCUAUAUGGAGCAAUUUUUACGGCUUAAACUCCUCCCUGCCGAUUGGUAACAAGUCAAAAUUAAUUUCAAACUAUGAGAACAGCGAGGACCAGCUUACAUUAAGUGGCAUGCUCCAAAUAAGUUUUCCAACAGUCAGUCAAUUCAGCCUCUUUGAUGCGACAAAUCAUGAGCUAGCUGACAUAUACCAGAAAACCAAACUGUGCCUCAUUGCAAAGAAAAUUCAUCAGCUAAAAUUUUACUUUCCUGACAACAAUAAAUAUAUAGCCAACUGGAACAAUUUAUUAAACAACACAUACGAAGGACUGUUGGGCUACAAAGUCAGUGUUUUAUCCCACCUGAAGCAACCACUAGGGUCAUUGCCUCCAUGUUCAAGAAAUUUUCACACAUCCACAAGCCAAUCUGCCAAUCAUCCAUAUGAACCACCAAGAGAUGCUCUAGGUCUGACCUAUAUAUCUGACCUUAAUGAAGAAGAUGCUGAACGAAUAAAAAAUGUUGCAUAUGAGGAACUGAAACUAUUAUUGAAGAAGCGCAAUAUUGCAUACACAAAGACGAAGGCAAAGAAACGAACUACAGAUAGUGGACUAUUUGGGACAGCACUUGAAGUACUUGUUGCAAAGGAUAUUAAGAAAAAUAGACUUGUUUCUGAUCUGAAAGUUCCAGCUGUAUUUUCAUUGAUGGUUCAAUUCAUUGAGGAAAAUGGUAUGCUCGUAGAAGGGAUAUUCAGAAAAUCAGGAUCAGCUGAAAAAAUCAAAGCUUUUAGAAAAGAGCUAGAGGAUAAUUUCUACAAGAUACCUAACUAUUCUAUACACGAGCACACACAAAUCAGUGAGUUGACUGCUCAUGAAGUAUGCUCAGCCUUUAAGGCCUUCCUCAGAGAACUACCAGCAUAUCUGAUAUCCAGUGAAAGAAUGGAGUAUUUCCCUAAUAUUAAAACAUUGCCCUUCGCACAACAAAUGAAAGCCACCAAUAUGUUCAUUUUAUCCAUGAAAGAAGAAUACAGAGACACACUGCAGGUCUUCUUAAGAUUGAUGAAUUUGACUAUUGAAAACAAGAGCGUCACACAAAUGGAUGAUCGAAAUCUGGCCAUUUGUGUAGCUCCAAAUAUCUUUGCACUACCCAAAGGUUCAGAGACAGAUAUGACAAAAAUGAAUGACAUCUUUGGCUAUUUUAAAACAUUAACAAAUUACAACAAAAAACUAUUUGCUGUUCCCCCUAACUUUAUAAGUCAAAUUAGGCAACAAUAUGCAACUGGAGUUUCUGCAAAGCCAAAACGAAAAUUCAUUUCCAAGUUGUUAGGUAGGAAAUCAAAAGGUGAAGAAAUACCCCCACCAAGGGAAGAAUUGAUGAGAUUAAAAGAAGUUCAAAUUGAAGUUCAUGCUCCACAAAUGACCAGGGAAAGUGCUGUCAUCACAAUCAAUGAGUCAACAACUGCUAAGGAUGUUGUAUCUCAAACCAAACCAACCAUAUAUCGAACCAUUUUAGAAGAUGCCAGAAGACAAAUUGCUCAGGGAGAGGAUGAAGACAGAGCUAUUGAAUAUCUGUAUGAAGUUGGUGGAAAUAUAGGUGAGCGUUGCCUUGACCCUGAAGCUAAAGUCUUGGAAGUGUAUCGUGUUAAUCCCACAGCUGAAUGGAUGAUCAAAACCAAGAAAGAGAGAUAAGUAUUUACAAAAACAGGAAUCGGUCUGUUAAGUGAGCUAAUUUUUGUUUUCAAAUAGAAAAUUGAUUAAAGGAAAGGAGAAACAUGUCUUAGUUAUAUUCAUGCUAUUUUAUAUAUAAACUGUUCUGCUUAUGAUUACAUUACAAACAAACAGUAGAGAACCAUUGAAUUAAAUUUGUAUGAAUUACAUUCAUUUGAUUAUACCAAAUUCUGUAAAUUUUUUUAAUCUGUAGUCUAUAGCAAUGUUGUGUAAAAAUGCAUCUAUUAAUUGGUUUGAAAACCUUUUACCAUCAGAGACAGAUUUACAAGAAAAUAUUUGUUUUGUGACAUCAUAGUUGACUAAUGUAGACUAAAUGCUUAUGUGGAUCUAGCCUAUUCUCUUAUUCUCUCAAAUACAAUAUUAUUUGACUAUUACUAUUGCAACAUUUACAUCAUUUAUAUCUAGGCCUACUACAAACAGAAUUAGAAGGUUGUGAAAUAUAGAUAUUGUAUCAAUAAAUGAGAAAUAAAUACUGUAAUGUUCUA